UCGCUGUUUCACACGAAUAUUUUAGACGCCGGACAAGAGGAACCCGUAUGUAAACAAGUGUAACAAAAUGGCGGCGCCCUUGCUCAGGUUCUUCGGAAAGGUGAGCAGACAGCUGACGCAGCCAUGGUGUUCAUGCCGGCCGUUUUUGCGUCACGGCUCCUCUCCAGCAGCCGGAUUUCCUCCUUUACAGACGUACUCAGAGGAGGAGGACAUGAUGAGGGAGGCGGUGAGGAAGUAUGCUCAGGAGCGCAUCGCUCCGUUUGUGUCUCAGAUGGAUGAAAAUUCUACGAUGGACCCGGAAGUGAUCAGAUCUCUGUUUGAGCAGGGGUUGAUGGGGAUUGAGAUAAACCCAAAGUACGGCGGUACAGGCUCCUCCUUCUUCUCCUCCAUCCUAGUGAUUGAGGAGCUAGCGAAGGUGGACCCGUCCAUAUCGGUGCUGUGUGACAUCCAGAACACGUUGAUCAACACUCUGAUGGUCAAACUGGGCACCGAGGAGCAGAAAGAGAAAUACCUCCCUCGCCUCGCCUCCGACAUGGUUGGGAGUUUUUGUUUAUCCGAGGCCGGCUCUGGGAGCGACGCUUUCUCUCUGAAGACGCGAGCGGAGAAACGCGGAGGUCAGUACGUCAUUAACGGAUCAAAGAUGUGGAUCAGCAACGCCGAGUACGCCGGAGUGUUUCUGGUCAUGGCUAAUGCAGACCCCUCAGCUGGUUACAGAGGGAUCACGUGCUUCAUCGUGGAUCGGGACACUGAGGGGCUUCACAUCGGCAAGAACGAGAACAAACUGGGGCUGAGAGCCUCGUCUACCUGCUCACUCGUCUUCGAUAACGUCACGGUGUGUGAGAAGAGCGUCCUGGGUGAAGUGGGUCAAGGAUAUAAAUACGCCAUCGGGAUGCUGAAUGAAGGGAGGAUCGGUAUCGCAGCACAGAUGCUGGGUUUAGCUCAGGGUUGUUUCGAUCACACCGUUCCCUACACCAAGCAGAGGGUCCAGUUCGGAAAACGCAUCUUUGACUUCCAGGCGAUGCAGCAUCAGAUUUCUCACGUGGCGACUCAGCUGGAAGCGGCGAGGCUGCUCACUUAUAACGCCGCGAGGCUGAGGGAGGCGGGGCAACCCUUCAUUAAAGAGGCCUGCAUGGCCAAGUACUUCUCCUCAGAGGUGGCGACGUUAACCACGUCGAAGUGUAUCGAGUGGAUGGGAGGCGUCGGCUUCACCAAGGACUAUCCUAUAGAGAAAUACUACAGAGACUGUAAGAUAGGAACCAUCUAUGAGGGAACGACCAACAUACAGCUGAGCACAAUAGCAAAGUACAUCGGGCAGGAGUACGACUGAACACACACACACACACACACACUCGCACACUGAAAGACUGUCUUUUCAUGAAAAACUUCAUAGACACGAAUUUAUCUGUAUUUCUUAUUAGGGAGUUAUUUAUAAAAAUAUAAUCACAUGAUUAUUACACCUGAGACAAUUCCACUUAAAAUGAAUAAAGAUGUAUCUAGAAAUAAAUAACACAAUUUAACACUAAUGUGAUAUUGGAUAUAUUUGCCUAUGUGGAAGAUGUCUUUAUUUUUUAUUUAUUAAAUAAAAACACACCUUUGUUCCGAGGCCGAUGUAAACACUGACGUGUUGGGUUUUCUGUUUAAAUUAAAAUUGCUCAUGUUUCCUCGUUUAGGUUUUGUCCAUUUCUAGUACUUUUAUGUGAAUCGGUUUCUAACAGUAUUUACUCACGCUGGGGUUUACUCAACGUUCGGUGGCGGCAAAUAAACUGGAGGAAAAAACCUUACAAUUAUUUAUAUAUUUUAGUCCGAAGGAACGUUUCUAAAUAAAAUGCACACAGUGUUUGUUUAUUAAUGUUUUAGCUAACAAGUAAUCGCCGCUUAUAGCUACCGCUUUAGCCUCGAGAUCAUAGGUGUCUAGACCGAUUUAUAUGUAGUUGUAAUAUGGGUGUGAGUCUGUAGUGUUUUUUUUACCGACCCAAAAAAACACCACCACCACAUAAUUCUAACGAUGAAUCGGAAUCCAAGUUCAGAGUGAAUGAUUAUGAGCUGAUGAACUUUAUAAAUGAAUCAAAUUCAGUGCCUUUUAGAGUUUACAGCUUCAGUGCAGUAAUCACAGGUUUAUUAUGACUCCUGUAUCAUCAUAUCACAUGUUCUGAAUUUCAGGGAAUAAAUAAAACUGAAAUACUGAAACACUUUGAUUUGUGUGUCAGUGGUUCUGCAUGUCUGUAUGGAUGCUAAUCUGUGAAAUGAUUUGGCGUUUUCAAAUAAAUGAGCAUUAAGGGGUGAUGGAAAUGUUUCCCAUCGUUACAGUGUCUGUUAUGGAGCGUAUAAUAUAGAGCUUCAGUUCAUGUUCACAUCAAACCACCGGAUUACUAUCGUGUAGGUCCUCCUCUCCUUGUCCCACCAAAACAGCUCGGACCCAUCGAGGCCUGGACUCCACGAGACCUCUGAAGGUGUGCUGUGGUAUCUGGGACCAAGACGUCAGCAGCAGAUCCUUUAAGUCCUGUAAGUUGUGAGGUCGGGACACCGUGGAUCGGACUUGUUUGUCCAGAACGUCCCACAGACGCUGGAUCGGAUCGAGAUCUGGGGAAUUCGGAGGUCGAGUCAACACCGUGAACUCUUUGUCGUGUUCCUCAAACCGUUCCUGAACAGUGUGUGCAGUGUGUCACGGCUUUAUUCUAUCCUGUAUUAACCGUCUUUCUGUAAUAAACCUUUUUACCUUCAGAGGACGAGUCUGCGAGUGUUGUCUAAUUUCCACGACACUGUUUAAUAAAUAAAAUAUUGUAAUUGUAAAAAGUGGAUUGUUUUUGUAUAACAGCACGUCCCAGCGUGUUUCAUCCCUCACUACAUCUUAUUUCUCGUCAU